GCGAGCUCAGGAGUUUUACGAGUGUCUGUCUCAGUAAAGCAACGAUGGCGACCCGACGUCGUGUCGCUAUCGCACGCUCGCGUUACGCUGAGCGCUCUCGUGCGCACUGCAUGUCUGUUCAUCGAUGAAUACUUCUGCUGGCAGAGUGCGCCUUCGUAGAGAUGAGUCGGCUGACGAUCUACCGCUCGCUGCUGUGCAUCGCCGCCAUCUCGUCAGCCGUCAUACUCGCCGUGCUCACGUGGGCCACGAACUACGGCAGCUCCGACCACCACCACUCGCCGCACUCCGACAACUGGCGCUCCUACCUGUAUAGGUGGGGCCAGGAGCCGGCCGCACUACACGCGUGCCGCCCGCCGAGACCGGCGAGCAGCGAUGUACGCGUUAGUAAUAUCUACUGGCAGGAGCAGGCUGGCGGCGGCGGCGCUCGCGUCUAUCUCUACUCGGCGUAUCUCGACAGGAGAAUCGCGGGACUGCCCUUCGUUCGCGUGCUGGCUAUGUCGGCGCGACGCAUGCCGCCGACGACGGAGACCUACUGCGCAUUCUGGUACGACAGCGACACCGAACGCGCGACCGGAAACACGGCCGGAAACACGGCCGGAACUACGACCGGAAACAGGACCCGAAACGCGACCGUAAUGGCGACGACUGUCCGAGGUACGGCGCUGCAUAUUUGGUCCGAUAGUUGGGGUGCAUUUACUCGCCAUCAGUCGCCAUAUCUGAUAUCUUGCGCGAUACCGGACGACGACGACGACGACGACGACGACCGUAUCCCGAGUCACGUGUCGCUUAUGAUCAACUCGUGCGAAAAACUAACGAAUCUACUGCGCGUCGAUAACAGACGCGAGACGACGGCAACUCGCGACGACGACGACGACGGACGAAGAACGCAGGAGAAUUUCGCCGUGUGCGUCAAAGGGUUGAACUUCGAUGACGACAUUUCGCUGCAGCUUGUAGAGUGGAUCGAGCUCCACGCGCUGCUCGGAGCCGCCCGCAUCCUGUUCUACGUGUAUCACGUGCCGCGCAGCGUCGACGCCGUGCUGCGACACUACAGCCGCCAGGGCCUCGUCCAGCUCAUACCAGCCACGCUCCCUGGCGGCCAGCCGAGCGACGCGCGCGCGCUCUCCGACUACAUCAGCGCUGACGUCGUGCGCAAGCGCAGGAACGAGAUACUGCUCUACAACGACUGCCUGUACCGCAGCAUCAACCGCUACCGCCACCUGGUGCUCGUCGACGUCGACGAGAUAAUCGUGCCGCUCGGCAAUCGCACGUCGUGGCGCGAGCUGCUCGACGUCGUGGCGCCACUGUCGCGCUCGGCGCCGAAGACGAUGUCAGUGCGCAUGCGCUCCGGAUCUCUCGAGACGACGGUGAGGAAAUACGCGGCGUACAGUGCGGCGAAUAUGUACUAUUUCGUCGAGAUGGGUGACGAGGCGGCCGGGCCAGCGACAACGUCCUACUUUACGCGACGCUGUUACCGCAACGAGUCGCUGCAGCGCGACGGGCAAGCUAUCAAGAGCUUCUUCAACACGAGGGGCGUGCUGACGCUGUACAACCACCAGACGAUCCAACCGAUGCCCGGUUACGGCCGGACUUUCGCGAUUCCGCCGACGCUGGCUCGUCUCAAUCACUACAAGUCGAUCGCUCGCGUGAAAAAUGCCAAAGUGGUGCACGACUGCUCGCUCCGGCAUUACAGCGAUGUUAUUCUGAAGCGAAUUCGGGUUGUCCGAGAAGAGCUAGGGUCACAAUGAGACGCUGCGAUGGCGAGCGCGUUGUAAUGUUUACAAAUAAAGAACGAGAUGCGUUGUGAUGUUUACGAUAGUAUAAUGAUAAGUAGUAACUAUAAAUAGUUCUGAUGCGACUGUCGGUAAAUUAUGGCGAAAUUAUGAGAGUGUAAACAGGCGUCGAUGAUAAAUAAUUCUGGUGCUUAAUUGUGGCGUGUGAGAAUUUCGCUACUGAGGUAUAAUCGCAUGUUUAUACGUCCACUCACAAAAGCAGUGAAACAGAUUUCGAGAGAAUGUAAAGAUGUUUAGACUGCAUGUAAAUAAUGUAGUAAUACGGUGUAAAAUAUACGACUCUCAAAUGAUUAAAAGAACAAAAGCAUUCUUUUUUAUGUUUCUAUAGCAAGUGAGAG